AUGACUGACUCAGCUGCCCUAAUGACCACCCCCGAUUAUGGAGGUGGAAAUGAUGAAUACAAAGAAGAAGCAGACGAAGAUUUUGAGAACUUUAGAGAGGGGCUUCUUCAUAAGCUCCCAGAGCCUCUUCUUAUCGAUCUUGAUGCUCUCGAGGAGAAACCUUGGGAAAAAGAAGGCGCUGAUAUAAACGAUUAUUUCAAUUAUGGCCUUGACGAACAUACAUUCAAGCUUUACCAAGGGAAGGUCAGGGACAACUUUAGUAAACUUGACAGAGAGGAAUUUUUGAAGAUCCUUAAAGAGAAGAAACUCGACCUGAAUCAUGACCAGAUUAAUUUCUACCUUCCUCAUGAAGCUGGAGGCUGUGGUAUCACCAAGAAUGAGGAGUACGAGGUGGUAAACACCUACAGAAUUGAUACUGAUGACCCUCCCAUUUUGUGCAAUAAAUCUUACGGCUAUUAUGCUAAAAUUACUAAAAAUGGAAUGCAAAAAGCCUUAGAAAUGCAAGUAGAGGGAGGUGAAGAAGCCAUGAUAGACUCAAAUGCAUACUCCCAUGGCCGCAACGAUGUAAACUCCAUCGAUGGGCUGCCAGUGCGACAAGGCAUGAUCAAUCCAAGAGAUUUAGAUCAUCCAAAAGGUAAAGUUUAUCUUAAUAAUCUAAACCCUCCAUAUAGAUAAAGGCAAGAA